AUGGGCAGACUCUGUGAGCUGUACGAGGAGGUGAUUGGGAGGCCUCCAGCGAAAUACGCACAGCUGCCUCCUCCCCAGAGACCACCCAUACCCAUCACCACAGAGCUGCCCGGCGUUUCCAAACGGCGCUCCCCGACUUGUGCCCUUCAGCAGACGGCUGCCUCCCUCCUGUAUGAGGACCACGGAGGACACCUGCAGACCUACGUUGACGGCUCGGUGAUGCCAGACACAGGCUUAUCGACUGCGGCCUGUGUGGUGACCUCCUUGCGGAAGAGCAGGCAGUGUCGCCUCUCUGGCCAUGCGACGUCAAUAGCGGCAGAGGUAGCAGGCCUCCGCCUGGCUGUGGACUUACUCGCGGAGGAGCUGCCAGCGACCCCAGUGACCAUCUACUGCGACUCCAAGGCGGCACUUCUCAGCCUGCAGAGGCCAGAAAGGACCAGCCUUGGGGUCGCCCUGCUCUCGACAAGGCUGAUGGCGCUCCAGGAGGCGGGCUGCUCAGUGUCCCUGCACUGGCUUCCAGCCCACGUAGGGAUAGCGGGCAACGAGGAAGCUGAUGCACUGGCAAAGCGUACCCACCACUGUGUGGUCCCGCCCAGCCUGGCAGUGACAGCCAAUGAUUUCACAAGCCACAGGCUACGUCGCCAUCUGCUGGCCUGCCAUCCGGACAAGCGGAUAUCCUUUGGCCGCCCUCCGCGACCACUUCGACAGCGCGACCUCGCACGCAGGGAGAACUCCCUCCUUCUGCGACUCAGGAUUGGCUGCUGUUGGACGGGUGCUCACCGGCACGGCCUCAUCGCCUCUCAAGCCUGCGCCUCCUGUGGGGAGCCCGAGACCAUGGAACCCCUCCUAGUGGCCUGCCCUGCUUACCUGCAGCAGCGUGGCCGCCUCCUGCAAGAUUUCCGACGCCUGGGGCUUCCUUCUGCGCGGCAGAAAGGCAUCCUCUUCCCUGGUCGCAACGAGCUACCAGCCCUCCUAAGUGUCGUCGACGGCAUGCUGGCGAACAGCGUCGCCAACGACAGAAGUCAGAGCACUGGCAUGUGA